GCUUGCGUCAAGUCACAGAAAUCCGUCUCUCGCUAUUUGCACCCUGAAGUUCGGAAACGUAUCCACACGUGAGUUGAACAUGGCUCCGGACUUGGUGAAGGUCGUAUUCAAGCUGUACCAUCUACCAGACAAUGGUCGAAAGAUGUCUUAAAGACGAAGAGGGCGGAAGAAAGGCUGCUCUCCUCGGCUCUAUCCGUAGACAAGGUCGGUGGAAACUUGAAAAACAGCUUAUUGCCAAACCGUCCUCUUCUGAAACUGAUGUGUGGGAAGUCACAGCUGAACUUCCGGUGUCCUCGUCCUUCAAAUGGUCGUGGCUUGUGACUGAUAACAAGAAAGUCCUCUUCUGGGACCCCGCACAAACAGAAGGACGCGACUAUCCUACCUCGAAGGGGUGAUACAUGAAUCGUGGGGGCGGGACCCCAACGAUUUUGUCUCCCGGACCUGCGCCCUGAAGCUGGAAACUCACUACCACUGUGAGGCAGGGGAAGCUCUCGCUGUUGUAGGCUCGGAGCCAUGUCUUGGAAAAGAAAGAAAGUCCAAGAAAGCAUUGAUGGUUCACGAGUACCCGGAGAAUCUGGCCACUGGCGGGCAACUACUCUGCUGGACGUCCACCGUGACUACCAGUGUAAGUGGGCGGUCGUCGACGUGGAAACGAGGAAGGUGAAGAGAUGGGAGGAAUGUGCCAACAGAUUCAUCUCAAGCAACUGCGAGCUGCUCUCCAUCCGGGCACACUGGAACACGCCAUUUUCCACCUUGACCCACUCCGCCAUCAUCCUAGUGGAGACGCUCGACAUGGCCAAGUUCUAUGAUGUCGCGGAGAACUGGGAUGACCUUGUGACCUCGGAGAUGAGUCACGUGGUGUCUAGCUGGCAGUCACGACAGGAGACAAACAUUAAACCAUUUGUCAUGACAGAAACUGAGAAAAAGGCAGCUUUGAAACCAAGGAAACAAAAAGAACAGAGGCCAAGAAGUCACAGGUAAUUUCUCAUUAAGGUUUUUGGACUUGUCUGUCACGUGACCAACUUUCUGAGUGACUGUUCCUACAGGUUGGAGUAGAUGCGUUGUCAUGGAUACAGAACUGAAGAUAAAAGCGUAUUUUCUGAGAAGAGUUUGUAAAUACACCUAUAUUGUGAAUACUUACAUAGGGUCAUCUUGUAAAUAUCACCCAAAUUCGACCAAAUAUAUUGUCAUUGGGAUACUAAAUUACAUGUUAUGAAUGUAAUAUAUAUAGCUGGUUGUGUAAAUAAAAACAACAUUUUAUUUGUAAAUAUACCAUAUAUACAUCUGAA